AUGAUGUUGCAUUUCUUCAUUGUUAUGUUGUUUCUUGUGAUCCAAGGAAGCUCGUUUUCUUUCAAUUUUUCUAGCUUCCAACCGAAUAACUUGAUGAUAGUGUAUCAAGGUGAUGCAUUUGCAUCUAAUGGAAUUCAGGUGACCAGAAAUCAGCGUGAUAAGUCGUUGAAGAACAGUGUGGGAAGAGCUUUGUACUCAAAUCCUGUUCGUAUUUGGGACAAAAAGACUCGAAAGCUAACAGAUUUCAUGACCCAUUUUACGUUCUCAAUGAAUGCACUAAAUUCCUCUGAAUUUGGUGAGGGGUUAUCUUUCUUUUUAAUGCCAUUUGAGCCCGAGAUACCUCAGGGCUCAUUUGGUGGGUAUCUUGGGCUAUUCAGCCCAUCUUCAGCUUUCAACUCAUCCAACAAUACUAUUGUUGCUGUUGAAUUUGAUUCGUUUAAAAACGAAUGGGAUCCAAGUGACAACCAUGUUGGAAUUGACAUUAACUCGAUUCAAUCAGUGGCUAAUAUUUCAUGGAAUACUAGUAUUAAAGAUGGAAAGAUUGCCAAUGCAUGGGUGAGUUAUGAUUCUAGUACAUAUAAUCUAAGUGUGUUUUUAUCCUAUGAAGAAAACCCCUAUUUUAAUGGUAACUGCAGCUUGUGGUACAUCGUUGAUUUACGAGAAGUACUACCUGAAUCGGUUCAUAUUGGGUUUUCGGCUGCAACAGGGGACUGGAUUGAAACGCACACUGUCUACUCAUGGACGUUUAGAUCCAAUUUGGAGAUAACUCGUGUGAAGAAAAACAAAAUGUGGAUGACAACUGGUUUAGCUACGAUUUCAGGUGCCUUGAGCCUUUUGGUUGGGUUUUUAUGGUUCUUUUGCUGGAAGAAACGGUCCAUUUUUAGCAAACGUGAAGACAUGGUUAUAGAAUAUGACUUUGAAAAUAACAUGGGCCCAAAAAGAUUCACCUUUCGUGAGCUCAGUAAGGCAACUGAUGGGUUCUCAGAGGAACGAAAGCUUGGUGAAGGUGGGUUUGGAGGCGUUUACAAGGGUUUAUUAAGCGGUAUAAACUCCCUAGUGGCAGUCAAACGGGUAUCAAGUGGAUCAAAACAAGGAAAGAAAGAAUAUAUCUCGGAAGUAAAGAUCAUUAGUAGAUUAAGACACAAAAACUUGGUGCAACUCAUAGGAUGGUGCCACGAACAAGGUGAUUUGCUUCUUGUUUACGAGUUUAUGCCAAAUGGAAGCCUUGAUUCCCAUUUGUUUUACUCAAAAUCGAAGCUUUCCUCAUCCGUUAGAUAUAAAAUAGCUUUGGGAAUUGCUUCAGCCGUCCUCUACCUCCACGAAGAAUGGGAACAAUGUGUGGUGCAUAGAGAUAUAAAGUCUAGUAAUAUAAUGUUGGAUUCAAGUUAUAAUGCUAAGUUGGGUGAUUUUGGACUUGCCCGGUUUGUAGACCAUGAUCUAGGGUCUCAAACCACGGUUCUAGCAGGAACAAUGGGUUACUUGGCCCCAGAAUGUGUGAUGACUGGCAAAGCAAGCAGGGAGUCAGAUGUUUAUAGUUUUGGGGUUGUGGCUUUAGAAAUUGCGUGUGGACGCAAACCUAUUGACACCAAGGCGGAAAUUGGUAAACAAAGGUUGGUUGAAUGGGUUUGGAGUCUUUAUGGCGAAGGUAAACUAUUGGAAGCAGUAGACGAGAGGUUAAAUGGCGAAUUUGAUGAACAAGAAAUGGAGUGUUUGAUGGUGGUUGGUUUGUGGUGCUGUAAUCCUGAUAAUAACGAUAGGCCGUCGAUAAAACAAGCUAUAAGUGUUCUAAAUUUUGAAGGUCCCUUGCCUAAGCUCCCAGCUAAACAACCCGUGCCCAUUUACUACGCACCUCCUAUUAGUAUGUGUAGGUUCACUUAUACGUCUUCCGUUGCUCUCAGUAGUACAGCAGAGAUGUCAUCUGGGUCGAAAGGGUCUGGAACUGUGAGUAGUGGUGGCUCAUAUUGA